GAUGCAUAAUGCAUGAGCAUAAACAAAGCAUAGCGUCGCCAUCUCGUAACAGCCGAUAAACGACUGAUAUGAAGCCGCGAAUCCCCAACUAGCCCGACACCCUGCCCAAUCCCAUUCCAUAUGCACGCCGGCGAUCUUGAUCACCAAAAAAUAAAAUCAGAUAAAUAAUAAUAGUAGGAAAACACCACCCUGCCCCCCGUGCGAGGGCCAGCCGAAGAGCAACCAUGGCGGCAUCACGCCGCCGCCAGCCCGAGCUGCAAGUCCGGCUCCCCUCGACGCCCGUCAGCGCCACCUCCACCAUCACCGCCGCCCUGCCCGACCUGCCACCCAUAUACGCCCUGUUCCUCAUCGACUUCGACGUCAAGGCCGGCUACACCAUCUCCUGGAAGGCCUCGCGGCCCGGCGUCGAGCUCGAGGGCGUCGUCGAGUACAAGUCCCUCCCCUCGGGCCUGCACACCGUGUCCCACGACCUCAUCUACUUCGUGCAUGAUGGCUUCGCCGGCCUUAGCGCCUUCGUCAACGCCCCCGUCGAAGACACCGAAGCUCGCAACGCCCGUAUGCUGGCCGUCGGCGUCCUGGUGCCCCUGAGCUACGGCCGCCUGGGCAGAGCCUGGAGACACGCCGAAGCGUUGAAGGCGAUGGCCUCAGCACUUGCCGCGGAUAGCAAGGACACCACCGUGCUGGAGCAGUAUUGGCAGAAGAACCAGUUCCGCGAAGAGGCUGUUGACGAGGGAUCCGCCGCCCCGGACGAGCCCGUCGACUCGCCGUCGAUACAUUUCCGCACCCAUUCGAAGCCGUUCCGAGCCCACACUAGGAGUCGUUCGGCUUCUGACGGGACGGCUUUGCUGCCACCCGGCCAUAGAUUAUCGCCCUUCCAUCCGGCUUGGAGCUUGACCAAACUCCUAGAUACGUUCGGUCCCCUCAUAUUUCCCAUACAUCGCGCCGCCUUAUUACGGAAGCGUAUCCUCAUAUCGUGUCACGCCCCGGUCCAAGAAGCUUGCAACUUUGUCUACAAUAUAUCUAUUCUCUCCAACAUUCCGCAGCCGACAUUCGACCUCCUAUCGCCUACCUCCCCCCCACACCGCUUACGACCCCUAUUCUGCAUCGGCGUCCACGACAUCCCCUCCCUUAUCGAGGACGCCAAGCCCGCACCGCGAAAUCGCGAUAACCCGUUGGAACACGAUCGUGAGGCGGGGACAGGAUGGGUCGCCUGCACAACCGACAGUAUCCUCGCCAAUAAGGACACGCUAUGGGACCUGGUCAUAGUCAUGCCGCCACCCCACGCUUCGAAAGCGAAACACCACGUCUGGCCCCAUGUGGAGAAGCCGAAGGGCGUGCAAGUCAAGGCUUCUCAGCGAGACCUUCGCCGAUUCCAUUCGCUCCAGGCCGGACUUGCCCGUCUACAAGCCAGCGCCAACAGUUCGGGUACGUCACCCACCACACCCCGGACGUCGGUGCCCCAGGACACUAGGGACGCCUUUUUCGACGAAGACGCGGAAGGGAUCAUCGAACCCCUCAGCUGGGCCGCCCUCGCCUACAACGGGUUCAUGUGGUGGGCGUCGGCUGGCGAGCAGGCGCGCUCCGACCAGGCCGACGAAUCGGCCCACGACGCCGCCCUCCUCGCCGACCUAUCCUCGUCGCCCGCCGGCAUGAACAUGUCCCACUCGGUCGACCUCACGACGUCCAUCGCCUCGCUCACACCGCGGUUUCCCCCUUCUUCCUCGGCGGGGGCGGGGUCGGGGCCCCCCCUCGACCCGGACGAGGCGCGCACCGAGCUCGCCAUCAUCGCCUACUUCCACCGGCUAACGACGCAGAUCCUCGGCGUCCUCGGGGAUGUGGUCGAGAGCGAAGACGAGGACGAGGACGAAGAAGAGUAUGACGACGACGAAGGUGAGGGCGAGGAAGGCGAGGGCGGCCACGCCGCACUGCUAGGCGCCGGACGCCGCAGGGCCUCGGAAGGCGGAAGCGGCGGGGUCAGGGUCGACAGCGAGGCCGUGACGCGCAUGGGGCUCGACGUGUGGAGCGCGGCCGACGCCGAGUUCAUCCAGGCGCUCGCGGCGGCCUAUUUCGACCGCCGGGCGUACAUCGAGGGUAAGGGUGUCGAGGUGUGCGGGGUCCGGGUGUGCUGAUACUGCCCCAACUUUACCUUGCCUGCUUACCUGCGAGGGCAGACCAGCAGGGAUAAGAAGAUCGGGAAAAGAGAGGAAAAUACUUGAGACUAAUUCGCGGGAUGCAAGACCGCAGUAUAAGGGGUGAGCUACUCGGAACGGGGGGGGGAGGUGGUUUACCCGAAUUAUUACUUCUUACUAUUAUUGUUGGUGGUCUUGCUAUACGAUAGCCGCGGCCACAUACUACGACGACUAGUACACUCCCCAGUUGUCCAGUUGGGCGACCGCCGUAUCGCCUCUUGACGAGAUGACGCGAGAGAGGGAGAGAAGAGAGGGAUACGCAAGAAAGAAAGAAAGCAGGCAGGGAUGGGGUGUAAGUUAAACCCGGCGAGAGAGAACGAAUGACGUGCGAGCGGGAGAGAGAUCUUGAAUAGGGGAUGACGAUGCGGGGAGAGGGGAUGGCAA